AUGCGUUUCUCCUUUGUGUUCUCAAUCACCGCCUUACAGGCGUUGGUUGUUGCUUUGUCACAGCCAGUCCCUCUAUCAAUAUCUUUGACGAAAAAAUCCAGUCUUAGGACCGCUGACGGAUAUGUUGACCCUGCCUCAAUCAGGGCUCAUAUUUCCAGCAUUGAGGCAAAGUUGCAGCGGGGCGCUGCUGCAUUCGAAAGAAACACUGGCGCAGCUUUCUUCUCCCAUUCACUCACCAAGCGUGCGGGAUCAUCGGGAUCUGACCCGCUAGUUGACAGCUCAAACACCAGUUGGUUUGGAGCAAUUUCAGUCGGCACUCCGCUGCAGAAUUUUACUGCUGACUUUGACACGGGUUCUGCGGACUUCUUUCUACCUGGACCAAGCUGCGAUGUCCAAUGCAGUGGACAUACGCUGUUCAAUCCUAAUAGUAGUUCUUCUGCUGUGGCCCUUGGCAAAUCGUUCCAACUGAGCUUCGGCGAUAAAUCCACGGCUGAAGGCCAACAAUAUAACGACACCGUCUCGAUUGGUGGCCUUACGGCCACUGCACAAACGCUUGGUGUUGCUUCGAAUACAUCCGGUUUCUUGAAGGAAAAGUUUGAUGGGCUGAUGGGAAUGUCCUUCCCGUCGCUUUCCCAUUUUCCCGCAGAACCCGUUUUCAACACACUGGUUUCACAGGGAGCUGUCUCGGAAUCAGUGUUUGCUUUCAAACUCGCAUCAUCUGGUUCUGAGCUUCACCUUGGUGGCGUGAACUCUGCGUUAUAUAAAGGCUCGUUCACGUAUGCUCCAGUAACUAAACAGGCGUUCUGGCAGAUAGACGGUGACGGUAUUUGGAUCAAUGGGAAUCAAAUUGUCAAGACAUUCUCCGCCAUUGUCGACACUGGGACCACAUUGAUCGUGGGCAAUUCGUCUGUCGUCAGUCAGUUCUACGCAGCUAUCACCAAUGCAACGGAAGUGCAACCGGGUAUAUACACGUUACCGUGUAACGCCAUACCAAAUAUGAGCAUCACCAUUGGGGGGAAGGCGUUUCCCCUUUCCACGGAUACGUUCAAUAAGGGCCCAACCGAUUCAUCAGGAAAAAUAUGCAUUGGUGGUGUCCAAGGAAGUGAUUCCGUUGGAGAUCAAUUUCAAUGGAUUCUGGGCGACGUUUUCAUGAGAAACGUGUACACUGCCUUUGAUGUCGGAAACUCCAGAAUUGGCUUUGCGGAACUUGCGUGA